AUGGAGGCCGCAUUGCCGUUGUCUCCCACGCGAUCCAUGCUCGGGGACGAUGAACAGUAUAACACAGAAGGUGCACGCUUAUUCUUUGGCCCACUCAAGACGCCAGAACGUCGUAUGAACUCCAUGCAAGACACUAUGUCCCAACAGCAAGAUUCCGAACCCCAAGUCGCUGGACCUUCCAAUUCCGAACCUGACGACUUGUCCCCAUCCCAGGCAUCGCCGACGGCAACAGAGGAUGCGAGCGAAGCAUUGUUAGUAGAAGAGUUAGUGAAGGAAGUGGAGGACGAUGACAACGAAGAGGAGGAAUCCGGUGGAGACGAGGGGAAAGACAAUUUGGAUUACUUCCCAGACGAACCUUCCUUUGUUCUAGCCGAAAAGAUUUCUCGCGCCACAGACAACCCUUCGCCCCCUCCGAGUCCUUUGGCCCCAAUGAGCAUAUUUGGGGACGUGACUCCUUUCACAUUCACUGCUCCCAUUCCUACUGCUGAAGAAGUUGAGGAGCCACCGACAUCUCAACCAACCCCUUCAGACGAUGAACCCUCACCCCAAUCUUCGCGUCACUCUGCCAGUCCACCCAUUGAGGAUGCCAUGGAUUUGGACCCACCCACGGCAGCGACGCUUGACGCGUCACCCCAGCCAAAUCUUAUUAACCUCGACACAGUCAUCGAGUCAGAACCCGUCGCAUCGGUAACAGACAACGUUCCCGACUCAGCCGUGUCUGCCGUGGACGAACUCUUGCUUGAUGCCCCGGUAUCCGUCUCCAGCGCGAGUUCACCUGUAGGGGAUUCUUCAGAUGCCUCUCAUCCUGCUGUUGAAGACGCAACGUCAUCGGUGGAACCACCCGUCUCUCAACCGCUAAUACAGCAUUCUCUGGGAAACAGCCAAGUAGACCCUUCCACACCGCCUGCAAAAGCUUCAGCUACCCACCUAUCGCCAGGAGCCACUCCAGUGCUGCGGAGAUCUCCUCGACGAAGCGUUGCAGCUCCGACGCCUUCCCAGGCACCUCAACUUGUAGUACCGCUGCCAACUCGCGACCAACCAACCCCUCGAUCUCAGAAAGCAAGGCGGAAGAAGGAACUGGAGUCAGAAGUUGUGGAGGAUUCCCAAGGUGAAGAUGAUUCGAAUACUGCCGCGGCUAAACCUACGUUGGCUUUACAGCCGGAUAUCCCGAGAGGUAGAAGGUCGAAGAGUCCAUUAAUUUUUAACCGGGAAGUGGGUUCUUUGUCACCCAAAACUUCGGAUCUCCUACACCAGCUCAUCCCCGCACUCGCCGACCCAACACCGCUUGAACUGGACACUGCGCCUGACGCUCCUCAGACAACAGAGCUUGCUGCAACAGAAGCAAGACCGCCAGUGUUUUUCCCCCCUCCAUCGGACAGCAGUAUUGCAACUCCCAAGCGUCCCCAACCAGCGCGUCCAUUCCUGGUAGCUUCUCCGAGCAAGCCUCUGCUAAGCAGCUCCCAGCCAGCAAAUGUGCCCGCUACCCCAGCUCGAAGGAUCACUAUGGAAGAGGCCAUCGAGAAAGGACAACUUUCGCCGGCAAAGGCGGCACAGAUGGGGUAUACCCCUCGCGUUGCUACAGCUUCCACAGCUCCUGGGAAUGCGAUACCUGCCACCCCAGCUCGACGUGUCCUCAUUACCGACAAGGCAGCACCGUCGUCGAGCAAAGCUACCCUGCGGUUCGGCAGCCCCGUACGUGCCAAAUCGAAGGGACCUGAAGAAGAACUAGCGCAGGACGUACCAAUGUCCGAUGCGACAAGCUCGUCAAUGGCUAAACUUGCUGUCCAAGGAUCGAGUACCGCCCCGCACAGGGCCGGUGCCUCUACGGGCGGACGGAUAUCGCGAUUGCCCUUCCCUUUGACGGGCUCUAAACCUCCCAGCGCCAGCGGCUCCCGCCCUGCUAUUGGUAAGCCCACCGAAAGCUCGCGCUCUGUCAGUGCACUCCAAAGUCCUGCAAAGUCUGCGUUGAAGCAAUCGACGAGCCGCAUACCAAGGAUUCCCGCAAAGCCAUACGCUAGGCCAGCUAUACCAAAGCCAACUACAUCAGUGGCAAAGCCACCAGCCGUGGAAAAACCUGCGACCAUCAGGAAGGUUGAUCUGACAAAACCUAGCACGACGAAGAUGGUGAUUCCCGGCAGUUCGACAGCUGUCGAUUCGCUAGCAAAGGGCAAAGGCAAGGCAACGUCUUCGACGACGCGCCCAGUGGCCGCCAAAGCUGCUGCAGCGGAGAAAAGCGCGGUGUUGAAAAGGAAGAGGGUUCCAGAACCACUGGCCUCCCCUGUGAAGCAGAAACCUUUGCGGCUUGUUCCAUCAGUGCUUGUUCCUCCUACGUCCAGUGCGAUUCGAGCUCUCAGGGCCACGGCGAAAACAUCGAAGACCGCCGCGACAUCCGCGAUGCGUCCUCAAAGAACAAGAGAGCCACCUAGUCGAACGGCAGCUGCUGCCGCCGCCGCCAAGAUCGCUGCCUCUAUAGCCUGUUUACCGCCCGACCCUCCGGCUAGCAGUCCUCCUCAGCCUAUCGCCCCUCCUGCCGAGGUUCCCGUGGCACAAGGACCAGUGGUCGUCCCCGAUGCAGAGAAGGCGGAUCCUUCCAACAAUACUCCUCUACCAGACUCCUUGGGCUCGCCGAUGCAAGCAGAGGCCCCAUCUCCAUUCAGAAAUGACGCGCCUUCGCCCGCGGAGCUUCAACCUGCAUCCUCAACACCGGAGCAGCCAGCGCCUCUUCCUAUCAUCCAGAUUGAUCCACCUCAUGAAACCCCGCCAAUAGAAACGCUACCGCCUUUCGUAACCGUGGAACUACCUGUUCCUCAAGGAGUCCGUCGGACGGGCCGAAUCCGCAAGCCAACUCAAGUGGCUGCCGAGGCGUCUGCAGCUGAACCCAGCAAACCUGUUUCGCGGCGCAAGGCAGCAACGCAGAACAUCCGGUUCACUUUCACUGACGCCUAUUCCGAGAUGAGUGCAACGGCUUUGAAAAGUCUUACUGCUGCGAACACUGUUCGGAACCAGGCGUACUUGUCGGUUAAACUGGAGACAGCGAUUAUCAGGAAGGAUGGCGCGAGGCCUGAGAGUCCGGCAGUCAAGAUCAAGACUAUUGCCCAGAGGGAGGAGGAGGAGAAGCAGAAGUUGAAAAUGGAGAGGGCGCAGAGGUACGCGAGAAGAAGUGGAGGUAGUAUCCCGGGGUCGAGCGACGUGGAGCCUGAUAGUGAAGACGAUGCUCUGCCGGGAGCUUCCAGUAUGGACGUAUCGCCCGCACGGCAUCAACGAGGGGCUGGAGAAGAUGAGGACUAUGAAACACCACAUCGCGCGUUUAAGCGGAUGAGGUUGACGGAGAAUGGAGUGGAGGAGGAAGAGGAAGAAGAGAAGAGACGAGUCAAGUGGGAUAGACGAUUAUUUUCCGUUACUUUCCUAGACGAGAUCAAACUUGGAUCACGGCCAUACCCAAAGAAGAUUACGACACAGCUGAAAGGCUGCUUAGCACCAGCUGCCAAGCAAUUACCUCUGGACACACUGGGUAACUUGCCGGAGGAUAAGGCCCCUUUAGUGGACCUUCCGUCGGAGAAUGUGAUUGUCAAAAAGUUCGUUUACGACAGCGAUGUUCUCGAACCAGAACCAGUGGACCCUCCUCCCCCACCUCCACCCAAGGUCACUCGAUCUCGAAACAAGAAGGCCAAAUCAUAG